AUGGCGUUUUGUAUGGCGUGUGCGCAAGAAUGGAAAAAACCUCCAAAUGUACCGCUAACACCUUGGCCUUGGCCCGAUAAGUUUUGGGCCAGAAUUCAUUCCGAUUUUUUAGGUUCCUUUUUUGGUCAUAUGUUUAUGAUCAUUGAUGCUUAUGCUAAAUGGCCGGAAGUAAUCGAUAUGCGCAAAUGCACUCAGACUUCCGAAGUGGAGAUUGCGUCCGGUAAAAUCUGGAAAUGUCACGUAGAUCAAAUUAUACGAUUUGACGAUGCAAGCAACACACGAAAAAAUGAGUGCGAUUGCGAAGAGAAAAAUAUUAGAAGUCCGGAAAAGGAUGUUGUUCUCUUUCGGGAUAAUGAUUCUGGUAAACUCGCGAAGCUUUAUGAUAAUUUGUAUGACAUUCUCCAAGAUCAAGAAGAAUAUCAAUAUUUUCCUAGGGAGAAUAAUCAGCCAUGA